UUGAUCACUUUGUUAAGCUAGUUGUCUUAAGACAGGAAAAUCAUUUUGCUCCAACUUUGAUGGGUUCUUCAACCUUCAAUCCAAUUAGUACUCCUUCUGAGGCUCAUCCAGAGACAAUGGAUUUUCUUUCUACUACUUGGUGUGAUUUUGCAGUUCAAGCACUCCAGCCAGAUUUACAAGAUCAAUCAAUUGCUCUCCUAGACAACCCAAUUAAGAGCAAUGAAGCCCCAUUCUUGAAGAUGGAAAAGAAUGUAAAGAUGGAUGAUGCAGAGUUUGGGUCUGUACCUCCAUUGAAAUCCAAUGAUGUUAAGUCAUGGCUGUGGAUGCAACAAGCAAUGCAUCCAGAACUGAAUUACAGUGGCAGAAAGAAAUGGUUUCCAUGGAAGUUAUUGCCAUUCAAGACGAUUUCGAUUAAGAAGUGGUGGAAGGAGAUCAAGCUUCAGAGAAAAGAAGAACGAAGGUUGCAAAAUGCCCAAGUACAUGCAGCUAUUUCAGUUGCAGGACUAGCAGCUGCACUGGCUGCAAUUGCUGCUGAAAACAAAGACCAAUCGAAGACGAUGACCAGUGCCCGGGAUGCUGCAGUUGCCUCUGCAGCGGCUUUGGUUGCGGCCCAAUGCGCCGAAUUUGCGAAAGCAACGGGGGCUAAGAGGGAGCAGCUAAGAAAUGUCAUAGGCUCCGCCAUGAGCAGCACAAGUGCAAGUGACAUCCUAACACUCUCAGCUGCUGCUGCAACAUCAUUAAGAGGAGCAGCUGCACUGAAGGCAAGAACAGGAGGAUGCAAGAACAGAGUGAAUGGGAGUGCACAUGUGCUACCAAUUGAGGACAACAAUGAUUUUGAGUUGGACUUUGAAAAGUGUAAAUCAAUUCUUGCUAAAGGUGCUGAGCUUGGUGUAGAAACACAAGAUGGAAAUUAUAUUGUGACAUCAGUCUUCAUCACACUAAACAGCGAAGCCAAGGUUACUCUGAAGAUGAAGAAGCUCAACAUGUUGAAAACAAAGAAGCAAUGUGUUGUGGUUGACAUGCAUGCUGAGUUGUACAAAGAUUCAGAGGGUGGUCAUGAUGAAGAGAGUGAGGCCACAACAUGUUACCUCAUUGUGCUAAGCACCAAUAAAGGGACAAUCAAGCUGGACAUGGCAGACGAUUAUCAUCUUUACAAGACUUGGACCACCACAAUUAGUCAUAUGCUUAUGCUCUCUACUUCCUUUACAAAUUGUGAUCUUCAAUUCUACACUAAACCAUGACUUGCUCCAUAUGUAUGUACCUAAAAUAAAUAUUUGCAUGCUUUGUAUUGUGUAACUACUACAUUUUUAUCAAUAAAUUGCAACUAUUGUC